ACUCGUUGUAUAGUACUAGUUGUACCUUGUACAGUUUGUACAAUCUGACUACGUACGACGAGUCGACGACUACGACGAUGGAAUUGUGUGAACAAAUUAUGAUCCGGUUUCGUCGUUUGUGGACAAACGUGCGUGGCGAUCUCGUGUCGAUUUCGAUGUUCAGGCGUUACCCCGUCGGACAUCGUUUCUGAUAACUCGAUGCAUCACUGGCCGGAUACAGCUGAUUACGAAACGAUUACAUAUUUUACACUUUUACACGGCAUUACUAUUUACUACUACAGCAGUACAGCACUGACAUUAAGUCGUUGUAUUCGCCGUUUUAUUAAGCACAGACAACUACAACAAAUUGACAUUCAACUUGACCAGUCGAGAUAACUGUUUUGUAUAACCCAUUCAAGUGUAAUUGAAUUUAAUAAUUACAAUUUUUUUAAUUUUAUCAUUCAGUUUCAGUUGUCGUACAGACGUCUCUACCAUUUAUCGCGAUCCAAACACUUGUUGUUCACUAGUAGGCUCAAAAUAAGUUUAAUAAGUAUAUUAAAUAUUGCUUUACAAUGGCACCCAAAUCAGUGUCGUCUCAAAAUCGAAGCAAGUCCAAGAAUAACAUUUUUCUCAAAAAACUCAAUCAUGCUUUGGUAAUUAACAAUAAUUUACAAAAACACGUUGAAGAGUUAUCAGAACAAAAUAAAGAAUUAUCAACCACUAGGAAUAAUUUAUCAAUGGAGAAACUGUCAUUGCAAAAUGAAAAUAACUCUAUUAAAAAUUCAAAUAUUCAACUAACCACAAUGCAUAAUAUAAUGAUUAAAAAACUUACUGCUCUAGAACAAACUAUUCAAAGCUGUAUACCUGCAUUGGUAACUUUGUCGCAAUGUAUUCCAUCUAUGUUAGAAACUGUACAUGAAAUGAGUAAAUUUGAGAUCAAAGACUUUAACAAGGAAAAGAAAGAAAAACAGACAAAAUUUGUAAGGCCUAUGAUUAAUGGUAUGACCAUUACUCAACCAGCUGUUUCAAUAAGACGAUUUGAUAUGUCACCUAUCGUUGAGAGUCCUAGUACUAGUACUGAACAAACACCAAAAAGACCAAGAAAAUUAAGUUAUAGAAGCUCACCACAAUGUAAACUUAAUAUGGAACCAUAUGUAAGAUUGAAAGAUGUUGCCGCUAUGCUGAAGAACUCCAAAGCUGUUCCUAAUGAAGAAGGUCCUCAACGUCGAUUAAAUGAAAGUUUAGGUGAAGGUCCAAGUUGGUUACAUAAUCCAGAAAAUCAAGCUCAAAAUUCUAACAAUAAUACUAAUGCGGUACAAAAUGUUAAAAGUUCUCCUAAGCCAACAACAUCUAAUGAAGUUCAAGCUGAUGUGACAGCAAUUGCUUCUACUUCAAGUGGUAAUGUGGAUAAUACAUUAAAUGGAAUUGAAGAACGCCCAAAUGAAUCGAUAUCUUCUAUUAAUUCAAGUAUGCUGAGAAACGUUACAUGUCGAAAACGUACUAGACGAUCUAGUGAAUCAAGCAGUGAAUCAGAUAUUGAUGAUUCAACUUCUUCAUCAAGACCUAGUAGAUCUGCAUCAAAAAAUAUCAAUUAUAAAGAAAAGAGCAUUGGCGGUAAACUCAGAAGAUAAUUAUAUUAACUACCAUUAAACUAAUUAAGAAAUAGUUUAUGAUAUUUAAUUAUGUGUAUUUUACAUUAUAUGUCAUUUUUCAUUAUUAUUUAACAACAGCUAUUUUUUAAACUAUUAUGAUUUGGUAUAGAUUUUAAUUAUGAACUCCGUAUUACGUUUAUUUUAUUUUACUAAGGGAAGUAAAUAUUAUAGAAAUCAGUCUUACAAUAUUAAGUAAAUUCUAAGUUCUUAAAAAAAAAAAAAAAAAUAAUAAUAAAAAAAAAAUUUACUACAAAGGAAAGGGUUUUGUUGGUAAACUCAGAAAAUAAUUAUUUAAUAUAUAAUAAAACCAAUAAAGAAAUUGUUUAUGAUAUUUAAUUAUGUAUAGUUUACAUUAAUAUGCAAUUUUCCAUUGUUAACAAUAUAUUUUUUUUUUGAUUAUAAUUUGGUAUAGAUUUUAAUUAUGAACUCCGUAUUACGUUUAUUUUAUUUUACUAAGGGAAGUAAAUAUUAUAGAAAUCAGUCUUACAAUAUUAAGUAAAUUCUAAGUUCUUAAAAAAAAAAAAAUAAUAAUAAAAAAAAAAUUUACUACAAAGGAAAGGGUUUUGUUGGUAAACUCAGAAAAUAAUUAUUUAAUAUAUAAUAAAACCAAUAAAGAAAUUGUGUAUGAUAUUUAAUUAUGUAUAGUUUACAUUAAUAUGCAAUUUUCCAUUGUUAACAAUAUAUUUUUUUUUUUUGAUUAUAAUUUGGUACAUAGUAGUUUUAAAUUAAAUAUUAGGUUUAUUUUAUUUUAACACAUAAAAUUACUAUGAUAAUAAUCAGUUUUAAAAAUUGUACAUACAUUUUAAAAUAAUUCUUUACAAAAAAAUACAUCAACUAUCUAGAGAAGGGCCUCAAUGGUAAAUUCAGAAUAUAAUUAUUUGAUGUACCUAUCAUAAAACUGAUUAAGAAAUUGUUUAUGAUAUUUAAUUAUGUAUAUAUUACACUAAUAUGCAACUUUCCAUUGUUAUCAAAUUUUUUUUAAAUUUAUUAUGAUUUGGUAUACAUUGUAGAUUUAAAUUAAAUAUUAUGUUUAUUUUACCACAGUUAAUUACUAUAAUAAAAAUCAGUUUUACAAAUUGUAUAUUAUAAAUUUUAAAAUAGUUCUUUACAAAAAAAUAUAUCAACUACCUAGAGAAGGGCCUCUAAGGUAAAUUCAGAAUAUAAUUAUUUGAUGUACUUAUCAUAAAACUGAUUAAGAAAUUGUUAAUGAUACUUAAUAGUCUGUAUGUAAUUUUUCAUUUUUAGUAAACAACAGUUGUUUUUUUUUUUACUUAUUAUUUUUUGUUUGUUUUUAUCGUGAACUAAAUAAUAUUAUGUAUAUUUUAUUUUAUUAAAAGAAGUUAAUAUAAUUUAAA